UUAUCGACAUAAUAUAAGAAAUAAAUAUGGCGGCAUCAGCUGCUUCUCGUACUAUAUUCUAUAUGCACUAAAUAUGAACGUACCAUAAAUGUAAAGGAAAUAGAGCUAUCGAAUUUGUUCGAGAUUUGUAUUAUAAACUUUCUUCUUUUUUUCUUUUCGUAUAUGUAAAAAAAAAGCAAAUAGAUUAUAAGCAAAUAGAUAUAAAAUGUACUACUUCUGUUACUUGUGUCAAUUUUUGAUUAAAUAUCCCAGUGCAGUUAUUUUACAAAAAUAUUUUGACGUAUGAAAGUGUCACGCCUGUGAGUUGUCAAGGAUUUAUUCAUUUAUACAUCUACAUUGUGGAGUAACAUAAUUUAAGGGAUAAAAAAUUAUUUCCUUAAUAAUUCGUCAUCAUGGAGGAUAUGCAAGAAGAGACUCAAUUUGUGGUUGAUACUGUAAGCAAAAUUAUUAAAGAAGCUAUAGAAGUAUCUAUCGGUGGAAAUGCUUAUCAGCAUAAUAAAGUUAAUCAAUGGACAUCGAACGUCGUUGAAGCUUGUCUAGGAAAUCUUACCAGGUUACAAAAACCAUAUAAAUAUAUUGUUACUUGUACAAUCAUGCAAAAAAAUGGAGCUGGAUUACAUACAGCGAGCUCGUGCUUUUGGGAUAACGCAACCGACGGAAGCUGUACCGUACGUUGGGAAAACAAGACUAUGUAUUGUAUCGUUUCUGUAUUUGGUUUAGGGAUAUAAUGAAGGAUAACUUUCCAAAUAAUCUAUAUAUUUCAUGAUUAAGUAAUAAAUAUAGUAAUAUUAAAACAAAAAUUAAGGUAUACAUAUGCAGCUGCAAAUAUCUGCACAAAUUUUUCCUUUUUUCUCUUCUUUUUUUUUUCUUUUUUUUCUUUUUUUAUUCUUUACUCAUAAUUUUUAAGUCAAAUAUAAGGAAAUAUUUAAAUACUAAGUAAAAGAUCUUGAAAGUAAUAUUCCUGUACAUUAGAAUGCUUUAUUAUAAAUAUACAUUUACUUGUGAUGAACACAUGUAGAUUGCA